GCCAACGCCGCAGCCCUUCCUUACGCGAGGAGAGCCCCUCAGUGGUCUGACUCCUCGAUGAACGACAUGACGGGCGGUGAUUCAUUCUCCUCUGGCAGCCAAGGAGGAAAGAUGCAAGAGUAUAUCAAGAACCUUCCCCCGAGCCUCCAGGGACCCAUGGCAUCUGCCAUUGCCCAAGCUUAUAACCAAGGCCAGGGCCAAUAUCAGGGCCAAUACCAAGGCCAAUACCAAGGCCAAGGCCAGGGCUCUGGCUCGUCAUGGAGCUGGAACACCGGCGGAGCCAACCAGGACGCAGGCUCAAGCACCGGCUCGUCCUGGGGCUGGAACACCGGUGGGGACAGCCAGGGCACGGGCUCGCCUGUCAGCCCGAGCGGCACCUGGCCUGGUGGUGCCGCCGCUGCCGCCGCUGCCUCUGCGGCGGGCGGAUACCCGGCGUCGCCGAGCGGCAGCGCGCCGGUAUUCAGCUUCCCUGGAGGCCCCAUGAUGACCGCGGCACCUAACCCGUCGCUGACCAUCUCCAUCCCGGCGCCGCCGUCGCCGACGGGUGUGCCUGGCGUCCCUGGAUCACCCUCCGCGUCCGGCGCACCUGUGGUGCCGUCGGGCGUCCCUGGGUCUCCUGCCUCUGGCGCGCCGCCGUCGCCGAGUGGUGUUGUCCCCUCUGGUGCGCCUCCCUCGCCGAGCGGCGUUGUUCCCUCUGGCGUGCCGUCUUCCCCGAGCGGCGUUGCGCCCUCGGGUGUGCCUUCGGGCGUUCCUUCCGGUGCACCUUCGGGAGCCCCAUCUGGCAUGCGCCGCCGCCACCACACACUGGGUGCGCGCGACGUCCUCGACGAACUGCUCCCGCUCCUGCCGAGCGACAUCGCGACGCCCGUCUCGCAGCUCCUGGCCGCUAUCGAGGGCAGCUCGACCUCCGCGCCCACCGCGGCGCCAACAUCGGUGCCCGCCUCUGCGUCGCCCUCCGCGUCGGCCGGCGCGCUGGCCGCUGCACCGCCCGCUUCCGGCGCAACGACGACCGUCACCGUCACCGCGAGCUACCCCGCCCUGUCGGGCGCGCCCGCGGCGCGCGCCGUCGACCUCGUCUCGCCCUCCUCCUCCUCGGCGUCGGCGUCGGCCACGCCGUCAUCGAACGCGGCGCUCGGCGGCCUUGCGCGCACGUCGUUCGUCGGCGCUGCGAGUGUCGUGGCGAGCGUGCUCCUCGGCGCGUUCAUCGUGCUGUAAAAGCCGUCGUCGUUGGAAAAGGUGCCCGUGGUUGGAAAGUGGCAGCAGGAGGGUUUGCGUGAUGCAUAGCUUUUUUUUAUGGUUUUGUGAUAGCGUUUUUGAUUCCUGUCGUUUUGUUAUGACUUCUUCCCGGUUUGUUCAGGUGCAAUGAUAAGCAGU